AUGGCCCAGGCGGGCCCUCGAGCGUGCGCGGCGGCAGCGGAGCCCCCGGCCCCAGUACCCCCGGCCCCCCCGGCCCCCCCGGCCUCCCCGGCCCCCGCCCCCCCCGCGCUCCCGCAGAGGACCAGCGACUGCUACCGCGUGGACGACGACCUGCCGGCCAGGUUCAACAACCCGGCGUGGUUUCGGGGCUACGGGACCCAGAAGGCCAUCUCAGUGUACAGGACCAGUAACGGUGCCUACGGGAGCAGAGCCCCCACUGUGCACGAGAUGCCGAAAGUAUUUUAUCCAAAUUCGAAUAAAUUUUCCAGACAACUUGCAGCUGGUGGGAUGUUCCGGAACAAUACCUUCAACGUCUCCAUGGAGAAGAGCAUUGUGACGGGUCCCGACAACUACAUCACCCCCUACGACCGGUUCAACUUCCACCCCAGUUACAACGUCAGCAAGCCGUCCAUCUGUGACUGGCCGGCCUCCUGACCCCGGCGGGGCGUCUGAAGUGUCACCCUGCUCUCUCAUCAUCUGCCCAGUUGUAGGACAGACUUCACUGCUUUCACUGAAAACGUUUUUUCUCUUAAGAUUAGAAAAACACGCAGACAGGGCUGUCAGGCCCCCUUAGUUCUGUUUUAUGUCUAAGUUGGAAAAGAUGCUAAUGACUUGACUUUUCAUUAAAAAUGUUGCCACAUCCUGAAUUCCUGACUCACCGGGA